UUUUAAACAUCUGUUACUUGGUAGACAUGACAGUGUAGUAGUCUUGACAUAAAAACAAGGACCGCACCGUUCACCAGUGCUUCUGUCCAUCACUCUGAGACUAUGGCAUCCACCCUUAGAUUUUGGAUUUUUUUACUCAGCAUUUGUGAUUGCAUUAGUAAUUUCCUGGUCUCGGCGGAAUACUACUGCUACUACUCUUCCUACUAUGCCUACUACUACUGCUACUACUACUACUACUACGACGAUGGUGGGACGAUCGGGGGCGCGGUGGCCGGUGUGAUUAUCACCAUCAUCAUCGUCGUGGUCGUUAUCGUCGUCUGCGUUAAAAAACACCACCGAACUGGCGUAGUAAUCCAUCCGAGAACAAACGUGGCCAGCAUUAACACCGUCACAACCACUCAUCACAUGCAAGGAGGAUACGGACAGCCGCCAAUGCAAGGAUACGGACAGCCGAUGCAAGGAUAUGGACAGCCGAUGCCCGGAUACAACCCUUACGGACAACCCCCGCCGCCAGGGGGCAAUCCUGCCUAUCCACCACCCGCACCCGCACAAUACUAGUGGGUCAAACAGAUUUCGAUACAUUGUUCCAUUGUUGAAUGUUUUUUGACGUUAUUAUCAUGGACAAAAAAUAUUCAAGAAUGAUUUUUUCAAAAUGCUGAAAAAUGAACACUAAAUUGUGUGAAACUGUUGAAUCAAUUGCCGUAUUGACAAAUUGGGAUUGCAAUUUACAUAUCUUAGUACAAUGUAAGAGUCAUCAAUUGUUUACUCUAUUCAUGCGUGCCAUAAUAAUUUAAAAUGAUAAAACAUGUUACGUGUACAUAAAGUCAUGAUUUUGUUA